AUGAUACUGCGGGCCGGCUUGGUCGGCCGAUCAUGUCUGGCUCGAGCCUGUCAACGUCGGUCCCAAAUACCCCUUAUACACCCCUUACUGCCGCCACCACCAAUAUCCCAAACAUCGAGAGUGCAGAGGUCAGAGCAACUGCUGGCCCAGCUCGCCCGAGAUGCGCCCUUCACCACUACCACCAGAUUGUCCUUCCAGAGCGACGACUCAGAUAUCAUUCCGCCAUGGGAGAAGUCUUUGGGAAAGGUCGACAGUCAUAUGAGCCCCGAUGACAUGGAGGAAACAGCCAAGGCGAAUCCAGAUCCUGCGAACAAUGUCAGCGAGACAUCGCCAGAAACAACACCAGUUCCCUCUUCACUGGGGCCGGAGGAAAUAGAAAGGAACUAUGCGAGCACAGCUGAGCCUGGGGUGGCUAGCCACACGUUCAAUGCUGCGGAUCGGGACAAUCAAGUACCCCAACUUGAACCCUACCGUUUCGCCGAGAGGGGAGGAAAGCUCGCUUGGGGUCCAGGUCACAGAGGCAACUGGUUGGACUCAUGGGAGGCCAGGUUCCGGCCGCUGUACAGAGCCCUGAAGUCAGGGCGCGCCUAUUCACGCAUGUUGGCCGAUGUGGAGGAUUUCCCUGACUGGGGAAAAACAGAGAUGCUUUUCGAGGCAGCCGAAAUCGAGCAGGGGGAGUUUAAGGAGCGCCACUGCGGAUUUGGCAACGUAGAUGAGUACAUGGCGAAAUGGAUGGACUCGAUGCUCUACCUGCUCCGCUACGACCCAGAGCUAGCUCCCAAAUUUCUCCGGGCGACUUUUGAGGGGUUUCUGACGCCGAGGUGGGCGGUGAAUGAUACGGUUGAGUUCCUUGCCAAAUGGUGCUCGUUGUCUCGCUCAAGCAAAAAGACUACGCAUGAGCUCGCCGAAACGAUCCGUCAUAUUCUGCGGACUCGCACUCUAUACAUGCUCGAGUUCACCCAACAAACGCUGUUUCUUCUGACGAGAGAUAUGGAGGCCGAAGCUCUGUGGAAUCUGUAUCGGGACCUGCUGCAGUACGCUCACCCGCUUCACCCCUACACUUGGUACACUAUAGCCCGUCGUCUUUCUCGGGAUCCGAGGUACAAGUCCAGGGCGUUGGAUCUGCUGGAGGAAGCCAUCACCAGCGGCGAGCUCCACGGCGACGCGCCCCUGACCAUGAUGCUCAGCACAUGCAUCCUAGACUUUCAAGGUGUGGAAGACGGCCAUUUAGAGCAGUUGGGGCGGCUGCGCCGGGAGCUGACCACACGGUUGCUCAACCUGAUCACGCCUAACAAGUAUACAUACAGUGUCAUGGUCCGAGGCAUGCGAGCCACCGGUGACUACCAGGGAGCGUGGACCAUCUACCAGAUCAUGAUUGAUCAGGGCAUCGAGCCUGAGCAGUUCAUCUUCUCCAACCUGCUAAACGUGGCAAAGCGCACCAACACCAUCGAGCCUGUGCUCCAGACCCUGGAAGAGCUUGUUCCCGAGGCGCUGAAGAGCAGGCACAUCUGGAACGACAUCAUCGACUCUGUCUUGGUGAUAUCUCGGCAGCACGACCUCCAGCUGAAGGAGGAAGGCCAACGGAAUGCGCAUGCUGCGUUGACGUUCCGGGCCCUGCUGCUGGUCUAUGCAAGGUUCUAUCGGUACAAGGAACUCCAGUCUCUUAUCCCUGUCAGGCUGGGGCCGCCGUAUGAGACAAAAGAGCAGGUUUUUGCAACUGCGACCUCAGAUAUGGAUGUUGUCUUUUUGCGAAAGAUUGAUCUCAUCCUCGAGCGCCUUCCUGAGCGGGUUGAGAAACCGGCGGUUCCGGGGUCGGAUGUCAUUAGCAUUAUGCUCAGGGGGUACACACGAGCGGUUUGGAAGGCGGGAGAGGUUAUCAGCUUUUACAAGCGGCUCAGGGCGAAGCUUAUGCAGGGACAAUACACCGUGUGUCAGAUUUGUCGGGAGCAGGACAGCCGAGUGCAUGAUGCUAUUUUGGGCUCGUUGCUCAAGAUUCCAAAGUGGAACAAUGUCGCGUGGGCUCCUGCGGAGAACUCCAAGAGAGCGGCGGAGAGCCGUGAUGCGUUGCAGGCGGGUUUUGGUAUUUUGGAGGAUAUGAUUGAGGGUGCCAUGUGUGCGGAGAGGGUGUUGAAGGAGGAAGAGGAGGAAGAGCUGUUGGCGAAGAGGAUGGCGGAUGAUGACUCGCCUGCUGAUGAGGAGGCGGUGCGGACUAUCGAGAGUGUCCUGCCAAGUCAGGAGGAUGCUGUCUUGUCGGAACAAGAGCCUUUGCUGAUCGAGGGGGGCGAUGGUCUACCAACUGAAGAUUCAGCAGCUCAAGAUAUAAUGACCGAAGAACAUAUUUUAGUCGAAGAACAUCCACCACCAGAAGAAGAGCACCGGCCAGCUGAAGAAGAUUACCUAGCGCCCUCAGAAGAAAACCUGCCAACGAAAGAUUACCUUUCGCCCUCAGAAGAAAACCUGUCGACGGAAGUAAACCUGCCAACGGAAGAAAACCUGCCAGCCCAAGAUGGCUUGCCUGUCAAAGAUGACCUACCUGUCGAAGAGCAGUACUUACCUGCCGAGGAAGACCUAUCGGUCGAAGAAAGCCUUCGAGGGUACAAAGAAUACCUUCAGGCUGAGGAAGACCUCCCAGCCGGAGAAGACUACCUACCACCUCCAGAAGCCGAACGUCCUGCAACUCAGGAAGAGCUACAGCCAACUGAGGACGAAGCCCAAGAAGAACCGCUUCUCACCACCGACCAGCCUCAAGAACCCACCGAACCACCACCCUUAUCCGAACCCUCGAAACCAUCACCCCCAGAACAACCCCGACAAUCAGCCCCCUCACCCCAGCAACUCCUCCCUCUCCUCGACCCAGACCUCGUCACCCCCCUCCACCCGGCCCCCCGCCCAGGCGCAGGCUGGCCCUCUUUCAAAGCCCAGCAGGCCCAAUGGGCGGCCUUCCACAAAGAGGAAACGUACCUCUACUCCAUGUCGCCCGCCCCGACAAUCUACACCUUUAAUAUUCUCUUGUCGGGCGUCAUCCGCGCCUCCCGCUCCAUCACCAACGUCAAAGACUGCAUCAAGCAGGCAGAAGACUGGAUAAAGUACCUUGCCGAUCACAACCUCCAGCCCAAUUAUCACACCUGGGCUAUUUUGGUCAGGAACUGGUCGCGGCAGCAGCGGCCCGGGGCGGUGGCGUGGGCGAUGAAGAAGAUGGAGGAGGCGGGGUUUAGGGCUAAUAACAAGAUGAUGGAGGAGUUGCAGUUGUUGAGGGAUAAGGAGAGGGCGUGGAGGGAGCUGGAGAGGUUGAUGGAGGAGGAUCUGGGGAGGGAGAAGGAGAGGGGAAGACCAAUUUCUUUCAUUCCCGUGCUGGCUUCAAGCGCUAUGCCGGGC